CCUGUUUCUAGGAAACGCUGUGUGUGACGUGCACAGGCUAAAGUUCAUGUAUACCGUCACUUCCUGGGAAGCGAAAACAACGUGACGUUAGUGAACAAUGGGGCAUACGAUUUUGGAAAAAAUAAUUCAGUUGCAGAAGAAAACUGCCAACAUAAGAAACAUUUGCAUCUUAGCUCACGUAGAUCAUGGAAAAACUACUUUGGCAGAUUGUUUGGUUGCUAGCAAUGGUAUCAUAUCAAGCCGCCUGGCAGGAAAGCUAAGGUACAUGGACAGCAGAGAGGAUGAGCAGAUCAGGGGGAUAACCAUGAAGUCCAGUGCUAUUUCAUUACAAUAUGCUUCUGGCGACAAUGAAUACCUCAUCAACUUGAUUGACUCCCCGGGUCAUGUGGACUUCUCCUCGGAGGUGUCCACGGCAGUGAUCGAAGUGGUGUGUCCUCAGACUCAAGUAGUUUUACGGCAAGCUUGGCUGGAAAACAUCCGCCCUGUUCUAGUGAUCAAUAAAAUUGACAGACUCAUUGUGGAGUUGAAACUCUCCGCACAAGAAGCCCACACACAUCUGAAGAAAAUAUUGGAACAGGUCAACGCUGUGACCGGAUCCCUUUUCACGUCCAAAGUGCUGGAGGAGCGAGCGGAGAAGGAGGCGGAGGCCCAAGCCCAGGCCCAGCAGCCUGCGGUCAAUGAGAACAGCAGCGGGGAGCAGGUGUACGACUGGAGCGCCGGCCUGGAGGAGACGGAUGACUCGCAUCUCUACUUCUCCCCUGACCAAGGCAACGUGGUGUUUGCCAGCGCCAUAGAUGGAUGGGGCUUCUGCAUCCAUCAGUUUGCCCAGAUGUACAGUCAGAAAAUGGGCAUCCGCUCCGAUGUGCUGCUCAAGACACUGUGGGGAGACUACUACCUCAAUCUCAAAGCCAAGAGGAUCAUGAAGGGAGCUCAGUCCAAAGGGAAAAAGGCUCUUUUCGUACAGCUUGUCCUUGACAACAUCUGGAGUUUGUACGACGCUGUCAUCACAAGAAGAGACAAGGAAAAGGUGGAGAAGGUGGUGACCUCUCUAGGGGUGAAGGUGGCCGCCCGUGACCUCCGCCACUCGGACCCCAAAGUGCUCCUGAGCGCGAUCUGCAGCCAGUGGCUGCCACUGUCCCAGGCGGUGCUCUCCAUGGUGUGUGAAAAGCUGCCCAGCCCCCUGGACAUGGCGGCCGAGCGCGUGGAGAAGCUGAUGAGCGUGGGAGCGCGCCGCUUCGACUCGCUGCCCGAACAGACCCAGGAGCUCAAGAGAGCCUUCCUGGAGUGCUCCAACGAAGACGCGGCCCCGGUUAUUGUGUUUGUGUCGAAGAUGUUCGCCGUGGAUUCCAGGUCGCUGCCGCAGAACAAGCAGAGGCCAUUGACACAAGAGGAGAUUGCCCAGCGUCGAGAGCUUGCCAGACAGAGACAUGCUGAGAGGCUGGCAGCCAAUCAGGGCGCAGAGAGCCCAGAGCCAGCCCACGCUGGUGCCACUGCACAGAACGCUCCGUCUGCUGGGGAGAGCAUUACAGGUGGCGGUGACCUGUCGGCUCAGAUGGAGGCUCUGGACGUGAGUGGUGCGCCAGCCACCACUGCCCCCGCCGCUGAGGACGAGGGCAGAGAGCACUUUGUAGCCUUCGCCAGAGUGUACAGCGGCACGGUCCGCAGAGGUCAGAAAGUGUUUGUGCUCGGCCCCAAGUAUGACCCGACACAGGCGCUAAGGACGCUGCCAGAGGGCAGUUCGGCGGCCGAUCCCCUGCCUGCUGUGCCCCACCUGGCUUGCUGCAGUCUGGACAGCCUGUACCUGCUGAUGGGCCGCGAGCUGGAGGAGCUGGAACAGGUACCCUCAGGCAAUGUCCUCGGUAUUGGAGGGAUGGAGGACUUUAUCCUGAAGUCUGCGACGGUCUCCACCACCCCGGCCUGUCCUCCAUUCACCCCACUCAACUUCGAGGCCACCCCCAUAGUUCGAGUGGCCAUCGAGCCCAAGCACCCAAGUGAGAUGCCAAAGCUGGUGCGGGGGAUGAAGUUGCUGAACCAGGCGGACCCGUGUGCUGAGGUGCUGAUCCAGGAGACGGGGGAGCACGUGCUGGUCACCGCUGGAGAGGUGCACCUGCAGCGCUGCCUGGACGACCUCAGGGAGAGGUUUGCCAAGAUCGAGAUAAGUGCCUCCAAGCCCAUCAUCCCGUUCCGUGAGACGGUGAUCCGACCACCCAAAGUAGACAUGGUGAACGAGGAGAUGGGCAGGCAGCACAAGGUGGCCAUCCACCAGGUGAAAGAGGAGCAGGCCAAGAACCCCGAUGGGGUCCAGGUGGAUCCCACUGGCCUGGUCACGCUCACCACCUCCAACAAAAUGGCCACGAUUGGGGUGCGGGCAAUACCACUUCCUGAGGAAGUCACUCGACUGCUCGAGGAGAACGGUGAGCUCAUCCGAACAAUGGAGCAGUUCAGCCUUGCUGUGAAGGAAGGCAAGGCCCUGGAGAUCAACCAGAAAACCUUGGAGUCCAUCCAGGACUUCAAGGAGACGCUUGAGAGCCACUUGAAGGGACAUAAGUGGCGGGACGCCGUCGACCGCAUCUGGUCCUUCGGCCCCCGUCGCUAUGGCCCCAACAUCCUGCUGAACAGCGUGGAGGGCUACCAGCGGCCCUCGGUAUGGCAGUAUCUGGACAGGGACCGGACCCAGGCCCCUUCGGCACUCCGUGACCAUGACAACAGCAUCGUUAGCGGCUUCCAGUUGGCCACUCUGUCGGGGCCCAUGUGCGAGGAGCCACUGAUGGGUGUUUGCUUCGCAGUGGAGAGAUGGGACAUGAAGGCGGCCGUACUGCCCUCUCGACUGGACUCUGUUGAUGAGAUGGAGGGGGAAGUGGACACUCUGCAGUCCGUGCCCCCUGCCAAUGACUCUGUUGGCAGGCAGGGGGCACCCGAGCCAGAUGCCUCUUCGUCAGGCGGCCACAGCAGCAGACGGCGGCCAGACGCAUCGUCUUCGAUGGACUGCUACGGGCCGGUCUCGGGCCAGCUCAUCGCCGCUGUGAAGGAAGCCUGCCGCUACGCUUUCCAGGCCAAGCCCCAGCGCCUCAUGGCCGCCAUGUACACCUGCGACAUCAUGGCCACCGCCGAAGUCCUGGGCCGUGUCUAUGGCGUGCUGUCCAAGCGCGAGGGUCGCGUUCUCAGCGAGGAGAUGAAGGAGGGGACCGAGGUCUUCAUCAUUAACGCUGUGCUGCCUGUGGCCGAGAGCUUCGGCUUCGCCGACGAGAUCCGCAAGCGCACCAGCGGCCUGGCCAGCCCCCAGCUCAUGUUCAGCCACUGGGAGGUGAUCGGCAGCGACCCGUUCUGGGUCCCCACCACAGAGGAGGAGUACCUGCACUUCGGCGAGAAGGCCGACUCGGCCAACCAGGCACUGAAGUACAUGAACGCUGUGCGUCGGCGCAAAGGCCUCUACGUGGAGGAGAAGAUCGUGGAGCACGCGGAGAAGCAGAGGACACUGAGCAAGAACAAAUGAUGCACUCCUUCACUUCCUCUCUCCCACUCUCUCUGUUUCUCUCUCUCUCUCUCUCUCUCUCUCUCUCUCUCUCUCUCUCUCUCUCUCUCCCUCUUGUGUGCUCACUCCCCCCAUUCGUUCCCAGUUGCC